AUGAAACAACUAUCGACUAUAUGGUUUGCGUUCUUUUUAACGCUUAACGUCUUGUCGCAGUUAACCAAUGGAUACAAGCCGAACAACAGCUUUAAGAAAAACACAGCAAAAAAGCGAUUGGAAAAGAGAGAAACGCACUCGUUACACGAAAAUGAAGCGGAUGAAUGGAAUAACACAGUUAUUACUGGACUUAAUAAUAGAUCAGUCUAUGAAGCCAAAAUCAUCCAGAAAAACAGGGAAAACAGUGGUGAAUAUCAGCCCUCCAAAAAUGCUUCUUUUGCUUUUAAUGAUCAGAAUAGAAGACCUCGGAAUCUGCUUCACAAAAAAUUCAUAGACGGUUUCAAUAAGGUGAUUAGUAAACGUCUCAAAGAAAAGCCACGCCAGGAAAUUGAGAUUCUCGAAGACAAUCAAUACACUCCAAAGCAAGAUGGGUUCGAAAGCCCGCAUUAUGAAGAUAUCAUUGGAAAUGAUUAUUCCGAAAGAAGUGAUAACAAUGACAACAGCUAUGUCACUGUUAUUGACAACCUAGAUGGAAAACUAGAUACUGACCCAUACAGCACCCUAACCUCAGACGCUGCCAAGAGUGAAUACACAAACGUGGAAAACAGUAUGCACGAGGGGGAAAACGAAGAAUCGCAAAUGGUAAGUGAAGAGGUAAAGAACUUAAUGGGCGCGCUGAUAAAGUCGGAUUCCAGAAUCAACCAAGUUGUGGCAGGUGAGAAACAACCCCUUCAAGAAAGUGAGAGACUACCAUACCAACCAGCUGGCUCGACUGCAACCAAGGUAGUGACCAUUAUGGAUAACAAUAAAGGAGAGUUUAAUAAGAGUCAAAACCACCCAAUCGGGCCACCCGCAGAUGUAACAAUCAUUGAGGACCAGGAAGAUAUAACUGGAGACAGCUAUUCACAUCCAGUUCUUAGUAAGGCCGCAUGGAACACCAUACUGCGAGCUGAAAAAAAUAUGACCGACCAAGAUGAAUUGCAUAAACAGCAAGGUCAACACGUACUUGAGAAUUCACAAGGCAGAAUUUCUGAAAAUAAAACUCAACUGCCAGCCUAUUUACUUUUGCCAGGGAACGCACCACAAAACAACAACGUCAGUCACGCAAGUGGUCACUUUGCUGAUCUAGAAAGCUCUCUUAAGAUGUUUGCUGGUUCAAAAAACCAAUCGGGAUCGUAUGAUAAUAUUAAGGGAAUGACCGUUGAUGUUCAAAGAAAUAGCAGUGGAAAGACUCUGCUUGUAAGCGGUGAAGCGGAAGAAGCUUCCAAAGGCUACUUCAAUCAUACACAAAUGAACCAUUCUUUUUCGUAUUUGCAAAAUGCCAAUAACAGCACCACCUCCAAACUCGUUGCAAAUAGUUUCAGUUUCUACUACAAACCCGGUAAAAUACAAACUCAAACGGACAAAAGUGGUGGUAAUUACUCGCAUGUCAAGCCAACGUUAUUUGAGCCACUUUUCAAGAACGAUUCUGGCCAAAUACUAAGUUCUCAAGAGCAUGCACUUUAUGAUACUGGUCACAAAAACGCCACAAGCUAUCAGAGGCCAGGAAUAUUAGUGGACGUCGACAAUAAAGGAGGACCCAUGAAAGGAGAAAAACCAACAAAUAAUGUGGUUGAUGGUAAGGAUCUAACAAGUGCUCAGAGUGUCAAUAAUGAUGCACAAGAAGGAGAAAUUGUCGUUCCCAAUGGGCCUUAUUUGACAACUGGUGAUUCCUCACCUCUCGGUAGUAGCGCCCGUAUAUUGAAAAUUCCAAACCAGGUUAGACCUAGUGAAGUUAAAAUAGUAUAUAACAGGCCAAUGAACCAAGAAAAUCCCAGAAAAAUCUGGCAAGAGAACGACAAAAUGGAUUCAUUCCAGAAUAAUGGUGUCAUGGAGAAGCCAGAUAACUCUAAUACUUUUCGAAAUCAGGGAUACAAUUUCAGCACAACCAAUGGCCUUCAGACGCAAAAGAACCGAGAGACGGACGUCGGCGUGCCUCUGAAUCAGGAACAAGGCGCUUUGGCAGGAGGGUCGAAUGCAAGCGCUCAGAUGAUGUAUGACAACAGGAGACCUGGCCAGGAAAAGACUAUAGGCAUUGAUAGUAAGUCAAAUGGGAAGGUUUUCAUUGCAUCAAACCGAAAUUCACAAAAUCGUCAAGGGAGAAUUGGUUUCCAGCCCCAGGAAAAUAAGCUUGUGGAUACCAGUUAUCCGAGUUUUCAAAGCUGGUCCGAAGAGUAUCAUAAACUGGUUGAAAAACUCAAAGUAUUAUACAGAAAGACUCACGGGAGCCCCUUGCAAGCCACUGAAGCCAAGAGCCAAGACAGUAACCAUGAAACAACCGAUGUUGAACAAAUGAUGAGAGAAGUUUCCAGAUUUCACAGUUUAUAUGUUGGGCAAAACAACAAGCAAAAGGUAAACACAAAUUUAGGUGAAGCCAAAGGGCCGUUUUUUAGCGGAAUCAAGGGUGACCAGGGUGGAAUUAUCAGAAACACAGAAAUGGUGAAUCCUUUAGAAUACUCCCCUUUUAUGUCCAACAGGAACUAUGAAAAUAGAAGGGAUGCUUCCACUCCUGAAAGAGUUGGCGCAAAUUUCUUUCAUUUGACGAAAGACGUUACAGGUCAAGUCAGGAGUAUCGAAGAGCCAAUUAACCCUUUAGUCAGUGAAACAAAUGGCAGCGAUUCGUCUCAAAGGGGCAGUUUCUUGAAUGACACUAUAAGUGCGAAUAACAGUAGACAACCGAAUGGGGCAUCAAACCUGACGUCGGUUAACCAACGAUUAGCUUCAAGUGGACAAAAUGUAAAUGGUACUAAACUUGGUGACACUUCAGAUAGAGCAGCGUCUGCAGAUAAUGGCCAGUCGUCCCAUCAAGUGUUAAUGACUUACUUUGGGAACGAAACUGUUCUUCGCAAGCAGCUCCAUAACAUUACUGAUAUUCUUGGAAUGAAUGGAUUUACAGUGGGUCAAGCGACAGAGCGCAACGCAUCAAAAGAAGUGACAAUUGAUAACGGUACAAGUACUCCAGAGUCCAAAGGAAGCCAAGAGUUCAAGGUAGUCAGUAAUGGAAGAAAUGAUACUGGGAAUCUCACAAAUGAUUUGACCCUACCAUGGCCAUCACAAGUAAAAAAUGUUUCCAAAGAAGAGGAAGAAGGUUCCUUGGCUAAAUAUAUAGAGGAUUUUAUUUCCAUGCUCAGUCCUAAUAACGGAACCACCACUUGGAAUUCUAAUGGAACCAGAGAAGGUUCAUCCAACACAACUCAAACAGACCCUGACACUUCUUCAGACACCUUAAAGAAAGAGAAUGUGACGGAUUUUAAUAACCGAGUUAUCAUAGUGGUAUCCCCUAAGUCCUUGAAAGACCUGAUGAGAAAUCGCAGCCACAGCUCUUCAAUGCUAGUUGUCAACAAAAUACUUCAACACAACCCUGGUGAGGUAGAAAAUUCUACAGCGAACGUUGAAGCAAAAGGAAUGAAUACAGCGAUGGACGCUCAAGAACACCCUAAAAGUUUACACAACAAUCAAAGUUACGACCAAAGCACCAAACUUGAUGACGGCAAGGGUACCUCUGGAGAAGAAAAGGUCCAAUCAGAAGGUAAAGAAGCCGAUUUGAAGCUGUUUUAUUUGGAAGAGCUUAAAUCCCUGGAGGUAUCAUUCUCUCAAGACUUUAUGAGUAACUGGAUUUACAAUCAAAGAUCGUUGGACGAAAUGGGAAUUUCUCCCAGCAUGCUGCGAUCAGGAAUAGCUAAUCUUGGUUCGCCCAAAAGGCUUAAGAGAGUCUUUAAAAGGGCCCUGGCUGGCGAUGAUAUUCAUGUACUUGUGGUAGGUGGGUCUAUAUCGGCCGGCGGUGGUAUUGAAAAGGACCACGGGAAUGUGGAAGGUGUCUAUCACAAAGCCUUAACUGACUGGUGGAAUAACACCGUGACAUCCAUUACGGCAUCCAAGCUGAAGAUUGACGCUAUCGCUAUCGGAGGAACAGAUUCUGAAUACUUCUCUUAUUGCGUUAAGAACUACAUGAGAACCCUGCCAGAUAUUGUAAUCUGGGAGCUUGCAGCUAAUGACUACCAACGCUACAAGGGAAGGAGUUUUGCACCAGCAAAACCACUGGAGCAGUUGACCAGGAUUAUAUUAAACCUACCAUCCCAUCCGGCUCUGAUUCUUGCCAACUUUUUUCGAGGUAACUACUAUAGGACAGCUGUGGGUCAAGACUGUCCUGAUUCAGAAGAUGAGGGGGGUAUAACAAUAGCGCAAUACUACAAACUCACAUCGCUGAGUUGGAGAAAUGUCAUAUGUUCGUCGAUAGCUGACCAGGAAAUGGACCUUAAAAAGCUCUUUAGUUCGGACGGGUAUCACCCAAGUCUCCUUGGGCACGCACAAAUGUCUACGCUCUUGAUCUCAUAUUUGAAAGGAGUCUUUGAACAAACUAUCUCACAGGAGGUGAUACUUUCAAGAAAUCACACCCUACAAAGUCACCAAAAGGAUGAAGAACAAACUACUCUGCCCAAACCAAUAUUUGAUGAUCCUGAAAUUCCCAAACCUUUUUGCUGGACGCUUCUUACACCAGACUACAACAAAAAGCUACGAAAUACCCUCCCCGAUCUGGAGUUUACUGAAGCAACGGGAUUUCAAUUUGCGAAUGUUAGUCAUUGGCCUAUCCGUCGGGAUCGUCUGAGAUGCUUAAAAGCCAUGCAGGCUGGAGCAAUGUUGAAAAUGAAGUUCGUUGUUCCAUUGCACAAUGAACUGGACGACUCAGAGGUUAGCUCGGAGAGGGAAUUGGCAAUUACAACGCAUAACUCUUUUGGUGGGAUGGGAGCAAUUUGGGUAGACGGAAACCGCCAGUCAGCCAAAGUGAUAAAGGAGGAAGGUGGACAAAGAAGGACCCAGGUUGAUGUUCUGACGAGAACCCUAGCUCCGGGUGCCCACACGGUGACAGUAUCUGCAUUAGAGCCAGGAUUCUGCCUCUCUGCUGUUGCCGUGUUGUAAAUAUGGACAAGAGAACGAUAUGUAAAUAUGUAAAUGCCUUUACUCCGUUAUUGUGAUUAAUUUAGGCCUAAAGCGUUUUUUAAAAUCUUUUUUGCACUAGAGUUUUUUUCUCAAGUUUAUGACAACAGCGGGGAGACGUUGUGCCUUAUAGUCUGUUAUGAAUAAUUAUUAGGAUUUUUAAACAACUAAAUCAAGGUUACAAAGAUAGUUAUUUACUCAGUUAUUUUCCGUUAACCUAGUUCACAUUGAAUAAAGCGUUGUCACAUGAAGUCUCGGUGGCCAUAUUGGUGUCCCAAAACAAAGAAACUGCGACUGUUGGUGUUCCAAUCCAAUCCUGUGUGAGUUGAACUCUUUUGUAAUAUAAAGUAAAAGCUUUCUUUCGUUCCAAGAAAUUUGCAUAGAUGCCGGCCCCGUGACUGAAAACACAAUUGUGUAAAUUCCGUUCGUCCAAUCAUUUGGGUAGAUAACUCGAAAUAGCAUCCCUGAGGUUAAUUAAGGUGUUCCAUCUUCACUCCCAUUCGCCAGUUCAGAAAAGAAGUCAGGGAAAAGUUUCAAUUCUUAAAAAGGUAACACGGACCGUUUUAGAAUAGGUUCUGACCAGGCGACGGUUUUAUUUAACCUGCACAGCAGGCGCCAGUGUUAUUAGGGCGAAGGAAGAAAUCUCAGGACGCGCGAGGGGAGAAAAGAAGAGGAGCCUCCUCUUCCCCCUCGCGCGACAAUUCGCGCGACCUGUAAUCAACCUAGUUCCUUGGGUUCUCUCCUACCCCUGGGAACGAGGUUGACCUGUAAUAAGAUAGUUACCGGCGCAGGCUAGUUUUUUGUUGGGUUAAGCAUGAAUGUUUUUUUAAACUGUCUUCGGAAGAUUCCUUUUGUCAAAUUUUUUAAUUACCAUUUAUUUGCAAAUUAGGAGGACCGUUUUAUAUAAAAUUUCAUGUCUAUUAGUAUUCUUUAUAUAAAAUGUUUAUCCUAAUCAGCAUUCCAUUGUUUCAAUCAUUCAACACCGUAUUUCCCUUGAGGCUGAGUUUUAACGUGUAUAAAGGUCCUUACAAGUGAUUUCAUCCGUGAAGUCAAUUGGACAAUAUGCCUAAUUAAUAAUUGUGAGUUUUUGAAGGUGAAAUAAAGAACAGAAAAAGGUUGGACUCAAACUUCACAUUAAUGCCACUCAGCGCACUUGUCAUUUGUCAGAACUGGCAGGUCACACCAGUCCGGUCUCAAAGAGGAUUCCUAGCUUUAACUAGCUAAAAUUUUUUUAUUCUCGAUAUUUUUGUCCAACUAGUAGGAUUUUACUAAAACAAUUAUUCCCCUCGCCCUCAUGGCCUCUGAGUCAAUAGCCCAUUUGGCCUUCGGCCUCAUGGGCUAUUGACCUGGAGCCCAUUCGGGCAUGGGGGUUAAUUGGGCUGAGAUUGGGACAUUUUCACAACUCACCCCCUCCCUCCAAUCUCUGUGCCCUCAAAAUAUAGCAUGACAGUACUGACAUGACUAAUUUGAUCUAGUCGGAAAUUCCAAAAAUUAUUGCCGCUCUGCGCUUACUUGAAAAUGUGAGAGGGUCAAUUUUGAUGUUUUAAAUACUGUUAUAUAACAGUGAUUUUUCUUUUUCUUAAAACUCGCAAAGCAACUUAAGUUCAGUUUUAUUUCUGUCAGAUAUUGCAUUUAAAGCCCAGCUGCUAACUAUGCGAGUAAAUAUGUUUCAAUAAGACAAGGAGAUCUACGAAUAGCAUAUUCCUUUCUUGAACGAAAAGACUUUUAAUUUCUUCACACGCAGGGAGAGAAUUGCAACAAAUUAAAGCUUUUUACGUGGGGACCGUUGGAGGACAUUGUGUUCUCAGCUCCCACACAGACUAACAACAUCAUCGACUACUGUAUUUAGACAAUCAUUCAGCGUAAAUAUGGGGCUAAAAAGUCCACGCAAUAAUUUUGUGUUCGCUCCAAAUCGACUUCCAAAUCUGUUCGCCAGACGACUUAAAAAGACCCGGCCCCUCCCGGCAAAAAUCGGCUUCACUGAAGGGAGACAAGCAAAGCCUUCUGAGAAUUCCGUCCGCCAUUUUGUCUUUUUUUGACUAGGCGUUGCCCUCACGGGCAGCCCUAUAAUUACCGUCCAGCCGGCCAGUUCUGACUUUUGGUAAAGCGCCCCAGCUCUGUUUAAUGGAAACGUUUCAAAUUCGCGUUCAUUGCAUGAGGUGUUUAAAAUAUUCCUACAGUGGGGUAAAAGGCAGGGAAAUAUUGGCAGGAAACUUGAGCACCGCAUUGCACCAGAGUGAAAAACCAUCACUCGCGUUCUGAUUGAACGAACGACGUCUUCAUACGUGAACAUCCUUCGCGCCUGUGGUUGGUCAGAACUCGUUUCCGUACGUACAAAAUUUACGAAACGGCUUUUCACUAAGUGUAUGUAAGUUUUACAAUAACUGAGCGAUUUCUAAUGCACUGAUUGGUCUAGAGCUUGAUUAAUAAGAGUAUAUACCGCGGAAAUAACGUAAUAAAGCGCAACUUGUUUUUCUUUGUCUCUCCUCUAGCAAUUUCUCAGGAAACUUCACCGAAAACUGAUUGUGAAAAUAGACAAAUACACAAAAAUCCUUAAAACUUAGCAGUGAAACCACUCGCCUGCGGCUCGUCGUUCUCCUUGACAUUUAAUGUGUACAUAUAUAAUAAACGCUCAAAAAAAUGAGUGCUUUGCAUGGUCAAAAGCGCAAUAUCAAGUGUUCAUCUGUUUCUGCAACAUGAUAAUCGUGAACUUUUCCCGCACAUAAAGUAAAUUCCAUAAAGCAAGUGUUUUUCGUCUGAGAAAUUAUUUUAAAAAGUUAGCAUAUUAUAGAAAUAUAUAAUCGUUCACCGCUGGUUUUCGGAAUAUGAUAAAUCUUGUUUCAAGAACUCUUUUCGAACAAAAGUCAUGGUGUAAGAUAUUUAUUUAUAUAAUGUAGAAAUUAUUAUAAUGGUAGGAAGUCUAUCAAAAGAUAUAUAGCAAUCAUGCGAUUAAAAUGAAGUUUAAAUUUUUGCUUGAAAGAUUUAUGAGAUAUUUUUGUCAUCCAUGUUUUCCGGCUGUUAAUAUGAAGGAACUUUCCAUCAAAUAAAUAAAAUUAAAAAAAACCACUAGGUAUAUGGCCCAAACUGGCAACAGAUGAUUAAUGUAAAGCGGUUUGCCAAAAUUAGUGCUCGGUAGCUUACUAAUGGAAAGCCAAUUUAGUUGCAGAAUAAAUGUUCCUGCUGGGUGUAAGUCGCCGGUUGUCUGAAUAAAAUAUUCGUCCCUGGCGUAAGUUUUUUUCUUUAUUCGUCAGUUUAGCACAUGGAAACUUUACAUAUUUCGAUCGUUUUUUUUAAUACCAAUAGCUUCACCGUAACGCUAAAAGAAGUGUUAAAUGAAAGUCUAAUUCGGGCAGGUGUAUUUAAGAUAUUAGUACGCCGCAUUUAAUAGAGGACAUUUGAGAAAAACAGAACUUAGAGGAUAAUGUCCGGAUACCAGUAAUUGAAACUUUAAAACACGUUAACCAAUCAAAGAGCAAAAUUUCUUAAAUUAGCCUCCAGAGUGAUCAUGAGAAGAUUUUCCAGAAUUAUACAACCUUGAGUCUGUCUGGCGAUGAAAGCCACUUCGCAACAACUGGAAUAUUUUAUGAGACUUUGUUCGCGUACGGAAAAUAAAAAAGAGUUUUUGCCGACCAGUAAAAAACUCUCCAUUUCCAUAUCGAGGCGGCAAACAUAGUACCCUGCGAAGUUUAAAAUUCCGGAGGUCCUCUCCUCGCAGGAUCGUUCCAGGAUAGCUCUGUAAAACUCAUAACAUUGCAAACACGCAGUUUCUACCUACAAACAACAUCCCCUAAUUUCAGCUGCGCGUAUGCCAUCGAACCAGGUGAUCAUUCGCAGUGAUACGUGCUUUGUGAUUCAAAUUGGGUCAGUCGCGUACGUAAGCCGCUACAAAAACUGUUUAAUAAAUACACAGCAAUUGAGAAAACAGCUAUUUAAGUGGAGGUAAAUUAAAAUUUUGAACAAUGAAUCUAACUAUCCCCUCCGAUGGCCAUCUUUAAUUUGAGAAGAAGUAAACGUUAGCAGUCGCGUCCUUUUAACUCGAAGUGCUGUGUGAAGUCCUAGUCAAAACGUGAAUAAACAAGAAUCGAAGAACAUAUGCUAUAAGGUAUGUGAUCGCAUUUCAGUAUUAUAGUCAGUUGCAUAUCGAACUUCGGUGACAAGAGAAAGAGAUGUCAGAAGAGAAACGGAAAUUUAAACUUUUUCAACAUCAAAUGUAGCUGCCUAUAGCCGCACCUGUUUUAAGACUCAGGCGAUAAAAAUGUGAAUUUUCACGGCUUUUUCGUUCCCAUGCUUACCUAAAAAGAUUUGGCCAUUAAAAAUAAGGAUUAGGAGCGAAAAAAUAUGAAAGAUAGGAAAAGAAUAUUAUGAGCGAUUAACGUUUGGGCUCGUACUUAGGCAAGCGCAAUCUAGAACAUCAUCUAGCCAGUAACGGUAAAAGUUUGGAACGAGGAAGGGACCUCUAGGAAUUCGAAAUAAGGAAACUGAAACAUUCGAGGCCCAAGUUUAGGCGGUCGAAUAAAAACUGCUGCCUGAAAUUUGCCUUUAUUUUUGUUGGGUAGCACUGGUGAUCCGAAACUCUUAGCAGAAUUACCUGCAUGAGACAUUUUCAAAAGAACUUUUAUCGUGAACAUUGCACUCACUAAAUGUGUUAUAAUUAUACUUUUGGAAGCUAAUAUGCAGGAACACAAGAUAACGUCACGCGCAUGUCAAUGCCCAAGUAUCUUUACAAUAAAUUUAAAAUAUUCACAGACAGCUAAGAGGAAUAAUGCGCUUGCCACUUAAUGUAGCAAUGAGGACUUUCUUUGUAAAAUUUUCAGCGCGCUCCGGAUUGAAUCCAUGGAUAACUGCCAGCUAUACUGAACUGGUCGUAACACUUUAAAACCUUGUUAAUGCUGCGAUAACUGUCGCCAUUUAUGCAACCUAAACUAACGUGACAAACCCGAUGAAGAACUUAUUAAUAACGCUUUAAAUAAAGUCGUCAACUCCGCUAGAAGGAGAGUCUUUAAAUAAGUAAAAUUGCCAAGUUUGAUGGUAAUUUGUUGAAAACUAACGAAGAUCUAGUUCCUCAAAGUCCUCGCGAAAUUUUACACACGUUUGUAUGGUGUUGGCGGGGGGGGGGACGUCUGUAGAUUUCGCACCUUUGCGGAAAUAUACCAUCGCUCGCUUAAGACGAAUCACUUUCAAAUUUGACAUUUUUACAAAUUUAAAGGUACUUUUUCCAGUGUUGCUAACGGAUUUUUCCUAACUGGUCCACGUCAAAAGUUAAAGGGUCUAUUGCCGAAUUGCACUGAAAUGGCGUACUUUGUAUUCAAGACCUUGAUAUUUGUGAAACCCUUUUGACUCCGAAUUGUAGUGCUUACCAGGGAAACAGAAUUGACCGGCCAGACCAGCCCAUUCGUAAAUGGAAGUUCACUAUUAAUCGGGACUAUCUAGCCAAAUAAAUCUAUACCUUCAAAGCUCGAAUUAGCGCCCCUUUCAGGCAAAAAAUAUAUUUUUUUGAAAAACCUUCGAAUAAGCGCCACAUCCUCAUAUUACAUAGUUCAUGGUGAUUUUGAAGACCCAUACGCUUCCCCCUCCACCCCGUGAUACAAGUGGUUGCAACCUCACUCGAGAUUCUGCUCUCAGAGUUUAAGAUUUAAUUUAAGAUUUAAAUUUUGUUGUUUUUAGGUUUUCGAAGCGGGUGAUCGUCAGAAUUUUCUCCAUGAUCUCUAAAGUGCAGGUUGUAAAAAGUUCAUUCGAUAACCAUCCAACGGUUCGCUAUUUGCAAAGAAAACUUAACAUGGAGAGCUUCAGAUACAACAAGCUUUCUGAGUGCGACGACGAAUGGGAUGAACACAGAGAAAGCCAGCCUCAACAGGAGAGGGGAUUUCGUGCCAAAAACUUUACAUUCACUGGGACACGUUUUAGCUACAACAACAUCCCUCAGUGUGAUGAAAUUUCCAAACCUAAUGCAGCGACCACAACGCCCGUUCAAACUACAACAAAACCGGAUCAACAACCAGCGUCAGCUACGAAACAAGCCCAACAAGAUAAAAAACGCAAAGGGGCAACCGUUCAAAGCAGUGGAUCUUUUCAGAACUGCGGUAAACUCUCUUUCGAUGAAAAUUCAAAUAGCUCUGUUCUUACAGUAACGGGAAAAAAACGAGAUCAACAAAAUGCCUUGGAAAUCGCUCAUCGUCCGCUUUGUCAGAUGCCAAGCUGGAACGAUAACCGGGAAGCGAAAGAAAAGCUUGGGGUACGCCGCAGUGCUGUUUGCGACAACAUUGAAAGACAGUUGCUAAACAAUAAAGGCAUUAGCUUGCGGAAACUGCGGAAAUUUUUGGUCGUGGAUAACAUUUUGCACGAGGUGAACUUACUGUAA